AUGGCUGAGAUCCGACGCAAGCUCGUUAUCGUUGGCGAUGGUGCCUGCGGUAAGACUUGUCUGCUCAUUGUUUUCUCCAAGGGUACCUUCCCUGAGGUCUACGUCCCCACCGUCUUCGAGAACUACGUCGCCGACGUUGAGGUUGAUGGCAAGCACGUCGAGCUUGCUCUUUGGGAUACUGCUGGUCAAGAAGAUUACGACCGUCUCCGUCCUCUCUCAUACCCCGACUCCCACGUCAUUCUGAUCUGUUUCGCCGUCGACUCCCCUGACUCUCUCGACAACGUUCAGGAGAAGUGGAUUUCCGAGGUUCUGCACUUUUGCCAGGGUCUCCCCAUCAUCCUGGUUGGCUGUAAGAAGGAUCUGCGCCACGACCCCAAGACCAUCGAGGAGCUCCACAAGACUUCCCAGAAGCCCGUCAGCCCUGAGCAGGGUGAGGAGAUCCGCAAGAAGAUCGGUGCCUACAAGUACCUCGAGUGCUCUGCCCGUACCAACGAGGGUGUCCGCGAGGUCUUCGAGUCCGCCACCCGCGCGGCUCUGCUUAAGGCCAGCACCGGCAAGAAGAGCAAGCGUGGCAAGGGCGGCUGCAUGCUUCUGUAA